AACGAGGAAUAUUUUAUGUAAUUGACCGGAUGUCGGUAAUUCAUCUGUUAUUGUGAUUCGGUCUCUUGUAGUACUAUUAACCAUUUAACAUUUGAUUGUUCUGGUUUUUUCUAUCGUCUUUAGAAUUCUAAAAAUGAAGUCUUUCUCCAAAUGGUUCCGUAUUUGGAAGUUAAUAUGGCUGCAUUUAUUGUUCGCUCAAUCUUGUGUAAUCAACAAUGACCCGGCAUAUACCAAAUGGACUGGUGGGCGGAUACCAUUUUACCUUACUCCCAGCGAUUACAGUAACGAUGAAAGGAACCUAAUCUUGCAAGCAAUGCAGACCAUAAUGAGCAAUACAGGAGGAUGCAUACAAUUCCAGCUGCUUAAUUCUCCUCCGACUCCUGGUACUAUGAACUACGUCAUAAUCUCCAAAAACGGAGGACCUGGAACACCUUCUCCAACAUGUUUUUCCUAUCCCGGAAUGAUCGCCGGUCAGCUUGGACUACAAGGUCAGCACAUGAGCAUACAGGGUGGAAAUAGCGGUUGCAUGGGAAGCGUCAAGGCCGUGAUGCGCAUGCUGGCCAGUCUGAUCGGACUACGGUCCGAGCACAACAAACCGAACAACCGCGCGCAGUUUAUCCAAAUUAAUCCCUCCAACGUGGAAAGCCGCGUACAGCCGUAUGUGCCUCUCAACCAAUACGACCCUAGCAGGGUGUGCUUUGACCCCGACUUUGAUUACAAUUCCAUCACUCUCAUUGAUCCCAACCAAUUCAGCGGGAACGGCGCUCCGGUUAUUCAGAGCCUGGGAAGACCGCUGCUCAACACGGGUCAACUGAGCCGCAAAGACUGCCAAGGCAUUGCCUUAUACUACCGCGAUCAAUCAGGCUCCUGCAACGCCAACAAUUGUCCUGAUCCUUACAAUGCUGGUGGAUUGACACAAAUGCCACAGUGUGGUGCCCAGUCAAGUCAGAUCGGGCUGCAGUCAACCAAUUUGAUUGGUCAACAACCGACAAUUGGAGGCCAGUUUCAGCCGGUUAUUGGCGGGCAGAUACCCGGAAUCAAUCCGACGAAUCCACAACAGCCAAUCAACAAUUUCAUUCCGCAGCAGCCAUUUAAUCCACAGCAGCCAAUCAACACUUUUCCAUCGAAUAUCCAGCCCUCGGUUAACGUCAAUAACGGUCCACAGACUCCCAACUUAGUCCCACCGAUAGGAGCCCAGAAUCCCACGAUUCCCGUGCAGCCAAUCAACACCAUCCCCAUCAACAAUAACCCUUUUAACAACAUUCCAAAUAACAACAUUCCCAAUAACAACUUUCCCAACAACAACUUUCCCAAUAAUAACUUUCCCAAUAACAACAUUCCCAAUAACAACUUUCCCAACAACUUUCCCAAUAACAACAUCCCCAAUAACAAUCCUUUAAACAACAAUAUUCCCAAUGUUCCUUUCAAUCCGACCAAUAACAACAAUCUGUUUCCUAAUGACCCGUUGAAUUUUCCCGGUAAUAAUAACAACAACAUCCUGCAGCCGAAUAAUCCCAACAUUCCCUUCAAUAACAAUAUCCCUAGCAACAUUGUCCCGAACAAUCCCAGUAAUCCGUUUAACAACAAUUUUCCCAAUAACAAUAUUCCUAAUUCUGGAUUUUCAAAUCCGGGCGAUUUCGGUCGCAAGUGAUUUAACGAAUUCUUGUGCGAUUGAGCUAUUUUGUGCGAUUUGUACGUUUGUAGUCUGAUCGGCAUACUUGUUCUGUAUUCAAAUUUUGCUUUUUCUGAUGCAAUAAACUACCAAAUGUUUGGAACCGAUUGUGUUGGAGAGAUCAGUUGUCUGCAACUCUGCAUUAUUACCAUAUCAGGGACAAAAUUUCCGGCUGGCGUCAAAAAAGUCGAGACAUGCAAAUAUGCCGACGGUGCUCUUUAAGCUACAAUUGAUCCUGUUAACUCAAGUACUUCGUACAUAGCUUUGCAAAGAAAAAGAAUUUCACGUGCUCAUUUGGUUAGUCAGCCGACUCAGCCACAAAAAAUCUUGGCGCAUCAUCACCGAAAUAACCGGAAACAGCCAAACCAAGGCUUAAAUGCGUCAGGUCUUCCCAAAAAUUAAGAAACGUAUGCAAAUCUGUGACUGUCUAAGGUUGAUGAACGAUCCAACUUAUCAAAGAUGGCCUGGGAAAACAAUUCCUUAUUAUUUUCAGCCUGGAGAUUACUCUCAACAAGAAACCAGCGUCAUGACAUCAGCUAUGCAACAAAUUACC